UCACGGACUAGACAAUAGACAUACUAUCAUACGGCUUGAUGUACACGAUUCCAGCCCUUUCAAGUUUCCACGCACUCGCAUUUUUCUUUUAAAAUUCAGUUCGUUCUUCAGAACUUCAUCCCCAAAAUCAUCUUCAAAUUCAUCCAAAAAAUAACCUAAUUUCUAAAAUCUUAACCUAAUUUUCGCGCGCUUUCUCUAUCCUAAAGUUCAGAAAUGGGGGAGUUGAAUAUGUCGGAGAUGACGUUACCCUCUCUCUUCGAACAAGCUCGUAAGAUUCACGAAUUGGCUACCGAUUCAUCCGUUGAUCAGGAGAGUUUACGAAAAGGGUGUGAAAUGCUGGAGAAAUGCGAGGAAAUGAUUAGCAAAUUAGGGUUGUUUUCGACUAAUGAAACUAAAGAUGAUAUCAGCACUGCAAAUCUCAAGUAUAAUCUGGUACCAUACUACUUAGGCGAGCUAACUGAAAAAGUUUCAGAGGAAGAUAGACUACAGAUACUUAGGGCCUCACAAGCUAAGCUGAAGGAAUUUGUUUCGUUUUGUGAAGCCAUGGAGCUUGUACCUGAAGAGGAGUUGGAAUCUUUGAAGCAAGGUGGCUCUAACACCUUUGCUGAUAAAAGGGCUAGAAAGAUAGCUCGGUUCAAACGACAGAAGGCUGCAGAGUCAAAGCUACUGGAAAUCAAAGAGCGUAGGGAGCGACGUGGACGUUCAACAAGAGCUGCAGCCCUAUCUACUCCAGUUGAGGCAGGAGAGGAAGAUGUAUUGGAUGAUGAUGGGGAGGAAGAGAGGGAGGCAUGGCUUACCACCAUUUCCUUGGCAAUUUGCAAGGCGUUUGAUUUGCUAGAAAUGCUGAGGAAAGAGCAAGAAAUGCUUUCUGCUGUAAAGAAGAGACAGAUGCAGGAUGGGGGUAAGGAAUUCGCUGAGUCCAAUUUGGAUGAACGGACAAGGAAGGCAGAAUCAUGGCAUCGUGAUGCAUCAGUUCGAGCUCAAUACACAAAACCAGCACCGCCCAUAACAUGUGCUACCUUUGCUCAAGAUGUCCUAGAAGGGAGAGCAAGUGUUUCACAGGAACACGACCACAAACAUCAGCCCCUUAUAUUUGGGCCAGCUAGUCUUAAGAGUGGAAGUCGUACCUCUGAAAGAGAAAGAAUGAUGGCACAGGUUUUUCAACCUAACCACAGGUUACCGACCAUGAGCAUAGAGGAAGCUGGGGAGACGGAGAUGGAGAUGAUGAAUCAAUGGCAGGAGAGAACCAAAAAGUAUAUAGAGGAAGCAAAUUCAGCAUGGUACAAGGAUCCUUUCAAACCCGGGCCUCCCGAGGAGGAUGAAGAUGAUGAUGCUGCAGUGGAGAGAGCCAGAGCAGAAGACGAUUGGAAAGACGAGAAUCCUCGUGGUGCUGGAAACAAAAAGCUUACUCCCUGUGGUUAAAGUUCAACAAAAUAUUAAAUUUGCCUUUCUAUUCCUCUAAAAUCCAAAUAUACAUGUCAAGGUGUUGCAAAUGAGUUAACUUUCUGUCUAAUUUUCGGAAUUUUGGCGUAUUAUUAAUUAAUUAUGAUUGUAUGAACUAAUAUAUGUGUAAAUUAUUAAGGAAUUUUAGGUGGUUUUGACUUAUGAGCCAUAGUAGCUGUACUUGAGAAUUUUGUUCUUUUAUUUUAGAUGGGAUAUGCUAAUAACAUGCCACGUUUUAUUAUUAUUGUUA